GCCUUCGUUGGCCGCUUCUGAAGAGGAGGAAUUAGCAACACCAGAGAGGGAGAGAGAGAGAGAGAGGGGGCAGGGGCUGUGGCGUCGCUCGGCGGACACUGUCAGUUGUUGUUGCGAACGCGGUCAAGAAAAUCGUCCUUCUUGUCCCUCGUGAACGGAACGGAAGAUUAAGAAGAAGAAGGAGGAGAAGAAGAAGCAGCAGCAGCAUCUGCGACGACAGGGAGCAAGCCAGGAAAGGAGCAACGAGCACAACAGCAUCGGUCGGUCGGUCGGUCGAAGGAGUAUUUGCUGCUGCGACGCUACGUGCCAUGACGGGAUCUCGACCUGCGUGGCAGGCCAACUCGGAAUCGAAUUCGUGUGAGAAAUGUCGGCGUCAUUUCACAUUGGUGUACCGGCGGCACCACUGCCGAGGAUGUGGGAAGGUAGUUUGUGACAAAUGCAGCGAGCAUAGAGUAGUUCUCCCGGAGAAUUACAACUAUGGGCCCAAUAAACAACGGGUAUGUGACACAUGCUAUGUCACACUGGUUGCUAUCGAGUAUCAGGUGGGGCUGGAGCAAGGCAAGGUCGUGCCACCUGAUUAUGCAGCCAUUCGCGCUGAGCUUCUCGAACGAGUAAAAACCUAUCUAUCUUUGUCUGAGUCAGGAUGGGGAUCGGAAGGUGAUGCUAAUGGAGUGAAGGUCUGGGUACGGACUAUCGAAGGCAGUCAGGUCUCGUGCAUUCGUAGCAAGCUACUUAUCAAAGCACCAAUAAAAAAAGUAAUGGAGGUUUACAGCAACAUGGAGGUGUGGAAGAACUGGAAUCCCUAUGUUAGUUCAAGAACAAUCGAACAAAUUGACCCCACGUCCAAGGUUAUGAGCGCUGUUUAUGAGUUUCCUGUCAUCGAUAAGAGAGGCAGUUGUUUCUACACGAGCAUAAUGGAAAGUUCGACGUUUGAAUCACUCAAGGAUGCCAAAGGCCUCACUGUUGCCGCCAUAUCAGUCGAUCAUCCGCUAUGCCCAAUAGAAUCAGGUAUGGUGAGAUCGGAUAUGCUGAUGAGCCUAAGCUUACUAGAGCCAGUCGACGAUGGUAUACAUACGCACUUUACAUCCAUAGUACACAGCGAUCCAAGAGGACUCUUGCCACCAUUUGUCUUCAACGCAUUUUUGACUCGCGGAGCUGACCAUCUCCGCGGAAUGGCCAAAUACAUCGAAGCAAAGCUGCAGUCAUGAUGUUCUGCAUUGAGAUGUUUCCAUACCGAAUCCGACGGCAUUCUCUCCAAUUCAAUAAAGUGGUUCUGGGUGCAACUUGUGAUUUGA